AUGAGUGAUUCAAAGUCUUUCGUAAACUUUUCGUGUCAGCGAUGUUUGCAGCCACUGAAGCUGGAUGAGUCUCUGAACAACUUGGGUGAGCACACGAUUGCUGACCUUGCGCUCCAAAUCCGUCGCAACAAUGAGGUCGACUUAGAUAUGCAAUCAACAAGCUUAGAACAUUACGUACCUCCGUUUCGCAUGUCAGAAUCAGGUAACGGCGCAAAUGGGUUUAUGGUGAUCUCAGACGGCUGGGAGACAACCUCCUUGGGCCACCAGCUUCACGUCAAAGCUACUCUAUUCGACUUAUUAUCAAAUAAUUCAGAUGUAGACCAUCCAUUGUGCGAUGAGUGCACAGAUACAUUAUUAGAGUUAAUGGAUAACCAGUUACGUCAAACUGAGGCUGAAUGGAAAGACUACAAUGACUAUUUAAAAAAGUUAGAGGAUGAUAAGGAGGAUUUGAAUUUGGAAGGGUUGGAAAAGGAAUUAGGGGAUUGGAAGCAAGAACAAAGUCGUUUACUACAGGAAUUGUCUGCUUUACAAAAAGAGGAGAAAGCUAUGAAAGAAGAGAUUGAUGUCCAAGAAAGAGAAAAAGAGAGAUUAGAAAAGGAACAAGAUGUUUAUUGGAGAGAGUACACUAGAUACCGGAAAGAUUUGAUGACCAUUGAGGACCAAAUGAAGUUUUACGAGUGUCAACUUACAUACACACAGUCUCAACUUGAAAAGUUAAAGAAAACAAAUGUAUUUAAGGCUACAUUCCACAUUUCAGAUUCUGGUCAGUUCGGUAUUAUAAACAACUUCAGGCUUGGACGUUUGCCAUCCGCACCAGUUGACUGGUCCGAAAUUAACGCUGCUUGGGGUCAAACCGUUCUUCUCCUUUCUUCAUUGGCACGUAAAAUAAGCUUUAAUUUCCAACGCUAUAAGCUUGUACCAUACGGAAACCACUCUUAUAUAGAAGUGUUAGAGGAUCAGAAAGUCCUACCGUUAUACGGUUCCGGAGGAUUCCGUUUCCUAUGGGACACAAAGUUCGAUGCGGCCAUGGUAGCAUUCUUAGACUGUCUUCAACAGUUUAAGGAGCAAGUUGAGAAAGGCAAUACGGGUUUCUGUCUGCCUUACCGAAUAGAUAAAGGUAAGAUUGAGGAUACAGCUUCUCCGCCACAUGCAUAUUCAAUCAAAAUUCAGUUUAACUCCGAAGAGCACUGGACAAAAGCACUCAAAUACAUGUUGACGAAUUUAAAAUGGGCGUUGACUUGGAUCUCAUCGCAGUUUAGCGAAGAUAAACAUGAAAAUCCAUGA